AUGGCCAGUGGUGGACCGAGUGCCGGUCCCGAUAUGUCGGGGGAGGAAGACAUUGAUCUCUACGAGCUCCUCGGGAUCGAUAAGGAUGCCUCGCAGGAUCAGAUCAAGAAGGCAUACCGCAAGGCUGCCCUUCUUCACCAUCCCGACAAAGUCCCUGAGGAACGCAGAGAAGAAUCGGAAGCCAAGUUCAAGGCCGUCAGCCAGGCCUACGAAAUCCUCAAGGAUGAGGACAAGCGCCACCUCUACGACACCCACGGCAUGGCUGCCUUCGACCCCUCACGCGGCGGUCCCGGCGGUCCCGGUGGCGUCGAAGUCGACCUGAACGAUAUCUUGUCACAGAUGUUUGGCAUGGGCAUGGGCGGCCCCGGAGGCCCUGGCGGCGGCCCCAGAAGACCCCGUCGCGGCCCCGACGAGGACCAGCCCUACAAGGUCACGCUCGAGGAGUUGUACAAGGGCAAGACCGUUAAGUUUUCCGCGAACAAGCAGGUUGUCUGCGGCACCUGCAAGGGCUCCGGCGCCAAGGCGAACGUCAAGCCCCAACCGUGCGAGAAGUGCAGAGGCGCCGGUAUGGCGGAGGCCUUCCGCCAGGUCGGUCCGGGCCUGGUGCGCAAGGAGACGGUCAUUUGCGACCGUUGCGAGGGAUCCGGCAACUUCUACAAGGAGAAGGACCGUUGCAAGAAGUGCAAGGGCAAGCGCACGACGUCCGAGACCAAGGUUCUCGAGAUCUACAUCCCUAGGGGCUCCCAAAACGGCGAGAGGAUUGUGUUGGAGGGAGAGGCGGACCAGUUCCCCGACCAGACGCCUGGAGACAUUGUUUUCCAUCUGGCCGAGGAGCCCCACGACGACUUCACCCGCAUCGGCAACGAUUUGUCUGCUGAGCUGAACGUCACCCUGGCCGAGGCUCUUGGUGGCUUCUCCCGGACCGUCUUGACGCACCUCGACGGCCGCGGUAUUCACAUUGACAGACCUCGCGGCCAGAUCCUUCGCCCCGGUGACAUUCUCAAGGUCCCUGGCGAGGGUAUGCCUUACAAGCGCGGCGAGGCCAAGGGUGACUUGUACCUGAUUGUCAACGUCGAGUUCCCCGAGGAUGGCUGGUUGAAGGACGACAAGGAUUACGACGCUCUGAACAAGCUUCUUCCGCCCCCGCCCCCGCCGAUUGAGGCCGAGGAGGUUGAUGAGGUCGAGUACGAGGAGGUGGACAGCCUGGACUCGAUGGGUGCCAACUCGAGUGACCCGCGCUUCGGCGGCGAAUGGGAGGACGAGGAUGAGGACGACGGCCAGCCUCAGUGCCAGCCUCAGUAA